GGACUUCUGGGAGGGAAGUGGGGUCCAGUGGUUGUAGGUGGGGGACCCUGUUUGUCUUCCAUCAGCUUCAGUUCUCUCUGGUUAAAUGAAGAGAGAAUCCCCCUCUUGGGGAGCAGUAGAGGGGAGCUGAACCAGCUGUCUGAUCAUUCCAUCCUCCACUGAGGAGAGUAUGAGAUUGGACCUCAGCUCGUCCAGCAGACGGCAGCACCGCCAGAGCGAGAGACCCUCCCCCUGGCUGUCAUGGACCUAUUCAGGCAGUCUCUGCUUUUAAGUGUUUGCACUCUUGAUCGGACAAAAUGCCCCAUUGCAGAGAGAGGGAAACCGAGGCAUGGAAAGAGGUGUGUCUGGCACAGAACCAAGGGUUGAAUUCUAGCAGCCUGACUUGCCAGCCCGGGGGUUAACCUCUGCUCCUCCCUUGUACCAUCAGCCCCCAACUACAGUCCCUCCCUUUCGCUCUCACGGUCCCCCCGCAAAUUCAUCUCCACACGUGCCUGGGCUUAAUGAGCUUGAGAUGCCUUUCUUGGGGCAUCUCCUGCUUUCUACUGAACCCCCAGGGCUGAUCCAUUUCAAAAUCCCCUGUGCGGUCCUAACCAGCUGUGGGCAGCAGCCUAUGAGUUGGGGGGGGGCACUGGAGGGUCACAGUCAGAGACACCCUAAACACCAGCAACUGCUGUUUCAGUACCUCUGUCCCUACUCUUCUCAGAGAUGGGCUGGGAACCCAGGAGUCCUGGCUCCCAGCCCCCCCUGCUCUAACCAGCGGAGCCAAGAAGAGAGCCCAGGAGAACCUGCCGUAACCACUAGCUCCUGUCAAGGCAGGCAUGGAUGCUUUGUGGCAGAAGAGCCCCCCCCAUCCUGUGCCCCCUGAGGUCCCAGUGCAAACCAGUCAGCCCAGCAUGGAUCAGUACAGCAUCCUGGGCAGGAUCGGGGAAGGGGCCCACGGCAUCGUCUUCAAAGCCAAGAACAUAGAGUCGGGGGAGACUGUGGCGCUGAAGAAGGUUGCUCUGCGGAGACUGGAGGAUGGGAUCCCGAACCAGGCGCUGCGGGAGAUCAAAGCGCUACAGGAGAUGGAGGAGAAUCAGCAUGUGGUGAAGCUGAAGGCCGUGUUCCCCCAUGGCGCAGGCUUCGUGCUUGUGUUCGAGUACAUGCUGUCGGACUUGGCCGAGGUGAUCCGCAACGCCCAGCAGCCCCUCACGCAGGCCCAGGUGAAAGGCUACAUGCUCAUGCUGCUGCAGGGGGUGGCCUUCUGCCACGCCAAUAACAUCAUGCACCGGGAUCUGAAACCAGCCAAUUUACUCAUCAGCUCUUCGGGGCAGCUGAAGAUUGCAGAUUUUGGCCUUGCCAGGGUGUUCUCCAGUGACGCAGGCCGGCUCUACAGCCACCAGGUGGCCACCAGGUGGUACCGCGCCCCGGAGCUUCUGUAUGGUGCCCGGAAGUAUGACGAAGGGGUGGAUUUGUGGGCUGUGGGCUGCAUUUUUGCUGAACUGCUGAACAAUUCGCCCCUCUUCCCUGGGGAGAAUGACAUCGAACAGCUCUGCUGUGUGCUCCGGGUGCUGGGCACCCCCAGCCAGCGCGUCUGGCCGGAGAUCACAGAGCUGCCUGACUACAACAAGAUCUCGUUCAAAGACAACCCGCCCAUCCCGCUGGAGGAGGUGCUGCCCGACGCCCCCCCACAGGCCCUGCAGCUCCUCAAGCACUUCCUGAUCUACCCUUCCCGGGAGCGCGUGAGGGCAGCCCAGGCAUUGCUGCAUCCCUAUUUCUUCACCCCCCCGCUGCCCGCCCACCACUCGGAGCUCCCCGUUCCCCAGCGCGGGGGCAGAAAGGCCCGGCAGGGACCCCAGCACCAACGCGACUUCCACGUCGAGCGGCCCGUGGAAGAGUCUGUGGUGGACCCCGAAUGGGUGGCCCCUUAUGUGAUGCGAGGGUGAAGAUGGGACAUGGGGCCUGUCCCCUCUAGGGGACGAUGGCUCUGAAUCAGCCCUGUGGAGGGUGAAGAUUGGCCCCAGAUCCCUGUAUAGUCCCUGUAAUAGGGACCCCCAGUCUGUCUGUCCCCCCAACAUCUCCCCCUCUGGUUCCUGGUGCUUUCUGGAUUCUGUGGUGACUCUGAGUUUUGUAAUUAAAUGGCUUUCGUUUACUGUG